GCAGAGGAGGUGCAGAAAAGAGAAGGGACAAGAAGAAGGGAAGCAGCAAACUUUCUCCUACAGGAUCUUUCCUCUUCAAUUUGAGCCAAAACACCUGAACCAUGAGGCUGUGAAUCCCUGUCUUCCUCUCACAGUAAACCUCUUCUUCAUUAUCUGAGCUCAUGUCUCCCAAAGUGGGUCCCACCAGUCAAAGCGCCAGCACCCACCUCUGGACGCUGGUGUGCUCCCUGCUCUGUGCUCUGGUCCUGGCUAAAGGCUCCACACUGAGGAAUGAGGACCAGCAGAGCAACGCUACCACGUCGCUGCCGGAGGACUGGACCAGUACGACAGUCCAGCUGCAGCCAGACCUGCAGACUGAAACCGGGACUGUGACGGAAGCUCAGACUGAAGCAACGACAGGGGCUCCAACAGAGACGCAGACUCAGAGCAUCACCACCAACUACACAGGUGUGUCCUGUGUCUCUGUCCUCCCACCACGCCGGGGUUCCUUCUACGUUGAAAGUGGCACAGGCGUGUCGGUCGGCAGCGUGCUGACCUUCUGGUGCAGAGAGGGAUACCAGCUGGUCGGCAGCGACAAAAUCUACUGCACUGUCAGGAAUGGCAAACCACAGUGGAGCAACUACCUACCUGUCUGUGAAGCGAUCCCCAGGCCGGAGGACCGUGGUCUGAGAGUGGCUGUGUUGGCUUCAGUGGUGAGUGGCAUCGUCAUCCUCGCUAUGUCCCUGUCCUUCCUCAUCUGCUGUCUGCAGGAACGAUCCAGCCGGGACCGAGCCAAGAAGGAGGGACGGAGCAGGCGCAGAGAGAAGCACUCAUCCCGUCGCAGUGAGUGUUGGCUAGAGAGAGAGGAGGGUGAUUGGGAAGCCUUCCCUCCUCCCAAGAUCUUCCACCUCUCGCAGAGGAUGAACCCCCGUCUGGCUCCCGACAGCCCCCUCUACCUUACUGGAGGCCUCAAUGGAUAUGAGAACAGAGGAUACCAGAGGAGUCAGGAGAGUCUGCUGAAGGCUUCCCUGCCCGGACUCUACCGCUCCGAGUCCCAGCUGUACCCGCACGUCGUCCUGCAGAGGGUCCCAACUCCGACAGCACCCUCCGCCCCUUCCGCACCAUCCGCUCCUCUCUACCUCCACCUCCCCUCCUCCUCCUCUGCUGCCUCCUCACCUUCCCACGCAGCCACCCACGGCCAGCCUCACAUCAUGGCGCAGUACCCCACCCCGACGUACCCGCCAAACCCCAACACGGCUGUGCCCGUCUACCCCCACCCAACACCAGCGCCUAUCUACCCCAACCCUAACCCGAUACCGCAGCGGCCAUGGCAGUAGCUACGUCUUUCACUUUCCAUAUUUACAGAGCCCUGCGCCAUCCCCACGGGCAACGUUGAGGGAAGACACGGAGAGAAAGUGUCGCAGGCACAUUCUGGAGACACAGAAGUCUUUUUCCCUUCUUUAUCCCUGUUUUCUCCCACAAGCGGCUACAAAUGCAUUGUUCCAAAGCAGACAUGAAGGAAAGGUGUAGAAAUGGACAUGCAGCCAGUGUAGAAGUUCCCCCUUUUACUGCAUGCUUGCCGAACUUCUCCUGCAGUUUGGACUUAACCACAAGGAACUCAACACUUAAGAUUUUUUUUCUUUAAUUCUUACUGAACUUCUGCUGCUGCUGUUCUCUGCAAGAGGAAUUCUUCACGGAAAGUCCUGCUUUCUUUUUGCCGUCAGAAAUUACAAGAAAGCUUCUUGCAGCAUGUUGACAAAGGAGACGGAGAGUUGUACUUUAAAUUGUACUAAUUCAGUUCAACCUUUGACACUGUAUGAAAAGAUUGACCUGCAAAGAGGGACUUCAACAAUGGCCGCCACUGUUUCGGCAGCUCUCAGACAUGUUGAUUUUUUAAAAAUAGUUUAUAUUUAUUAUGUAAUUGGAUCCCUAUCAGCCUUCCUGAGGUCCAGUUAACCUAAUCUAGACCUAAAUAAAACAACAGAGAUAUAUACAGUAUAUUUUGCUUUAAAGCUAGAGACUUAACUUCUGUAAUCUCACUCCUUUUUAAGCCAGAGCUUUGUGUGAUGUAAUAAAAAAAGGUUUCAGGUCACUUUUCAGCUCUGUUAAUAUGUCCCAGAUUGAUGUGAGGGAUUUAUGGGCAGCAAGCACACUGUGAUUAAAAGGCUGCUGUCGCUGCCACUGCUGAAUGGAACCAAUUCUGUGCUGUUUGUAUGGAUUUAAUAAUACAGUGAUUGCUUUAAAUUGAUCCUGUCUUUCUCACCAAAAUCAUUACCUUUUUUUCUGUCUGUCUAAUUUUCUCCGUCUACUGCCACAACUCAUUCUGUCACAUCGUUAUUUAUGACAAAAACUCAUUUCAAGGUCGACAGUUAGACAGGUGAGAUAUUGUGGCACAGACGCUCAGAGCCUCGAAUGGGUUUAGGAACAUGAAGAAGACACAUGACUCAAAUACUGACUGGAAAUGAGCAAUAUCAAAUACUGAAUGAAUUAAAAUCUGGUUUGAGCCCAGCACAGGUUCAGACAAUGUUUUUUUUUUUUUUUACAAUUUAAAAAAGAUCUUCUUGUGUGAUGUAACUAAGGUUUUUAUAUGUGAUUAACAACAGACAAAGAUUUAUUUUGAAACGUCGACUGGUCAAGCGUUGUGAGCGGACUGCUUUGUGUGUGAUGCACUGGAAAUGGCACAGAAAUGCACUGAUAUGUGAAGUUUGAGCAGGGGGAUGGGAGUAACUGAGGAACCAUGUCGACUGUAAACUCACCUGCAGUUCUUCAGAUCUUUUUAAAUGAAUGCUUCACUCUAAACCUUUGUUGUCCCCUCUGAGCUACUGUAUGUGCAAGCAUUUAAAUCAUCAUCUCUGUGCCCCUCUACUGUGGCUUUAGUCAGUUUACACUCUAGUUUUUGGGGCUUUUUAUUUUUAAUAGAACAACUCCAGUAGAAACACUAAUAAUUCUGCACUUUACAUUUUUUUGAAAGGGGCGGGGGUUUAAAAAGCUUGGACUCUUUUUCUGUAAACUAUUUGUUGUAUAAUAAUAAUAAGACUGCCAUAAAAGCGGAAUAAAGAGAUAUAUGUUUAGUCCAACAGUUAA